AUGACGGGGCCCUGGAUUUCGCUGGUGGGGUCAAGGCCUCACCUUCCCCCCUUCCCCAGGAUCGAGCUGCCCGAGGAGGAGAUCCCCCACGGGAGCCAGGAGGAUGGCUUCACGGCGGAGCACCUGGCCGCGGAGGCCAUGGCGGCCGACAUGGACCCCUGGCUGGUCUUCGACGCCCGCAGCACCCCUCCCUGUGAGCUGGACUCCUGGCUGGCCGCCUACCCCCCUUCCCGAGUCUCCCGCUACGGGGGCCCCAGCGCCCCGAACCCCAAGCCCGUGGGCUGGAUCGGCUGGGCCCACCCGACCUCCCCUGGAGCCGGGGACGUCCAGGGGACCGGGAGGGGGCCCGGCCCGCAGGCGGCCCAAGCCCGCAUCCCAAGGGAGCUGGCGCUGACCCACCAGGUCCUGACCGGGAAGUGGCUGAUGCACCUGAGCCCGGGCUUCAAGCUGGACCACGCGUGGGCCGGCAUCGCCAGGGCCGUGGUGGAGGGCAAGCUGCAGGUGGCCAAGGUGAGCCCCCGAGCCCGGAGGGAGGAAGGGGCCAUCGGCCCCAGGGAAGAUUUCACGGACCAGGAGGGAGUGCUGAAGGCCGACGCAUCCCCGGGCCCUAAAUGCCCGGGCUGACCCAAGCCAGAUGUCUAACCUGGGAAAUCCCGGGCCAACCCGGCACCUUGUCCCACCCUCCCGAAAGAAAGCCACCACCCCGGAAACCCCCAUUGCUCCCGAGUCCUGGACCGGCUCAACAACACAGCCCUGACUUAGCUGGGGUGGGAGCCCAGACACCCGGGGGUGGGGAGGGCGCAGACAAUCAUUCUGGCCGGCCUUCCAGGGGAUGGACUUCGGGACUGGGACCUGGCCCUCUGCUCAGCCCCCACCCCAGGGCUGCCCGCCUUCCGGCCUUUGGGGACCAGCCUCCUCGGGCCUCAGGAAAGGGCGAGGGCACAGUUGCCACCCUGCAAGGGAGAGGAGGUGGGGCCGUGGCGCCAUUCCCAUCUCCCUUCCCCCCUUGUGACCUAGUUAAUGGAGGGAGAAAGGGACCCUCUUCCUGGAGCUCAGGUUGCUGGCCCAGAGCCUCGGCUGGGUUCCCUCCCCUGCUUAGAGCUGCUCCUCCCCCAUCCCUGGCUGGCACCCAAGAGUCGGUGGAGUGUUGCAUCCUGGGAAUUGUAGCCCUGACUGUGGACUGGGCCACCGGCAAGCCCCCGGAGAGGGUGCCGGCUGCUCCCUGCUCUGACUGCAAUUCCCUGGGCCCCUGUCCCGCUCCCACUCCUCCCAUUGCUUCAACAAAGCACCCCCUCCCCUCCUGGUCCUCUGGUUUACAGAUUUAGGUGUCAGUUGCUCAGGUCAGAUGUGACGAGCAAUGGUGUCAGGUCUUCUGGGACUGAGGAAGUGAAGGGCUAGCCUCGGCCCGAGACUGGGGAGCCUCAGGCUUUACCACACGCUUCUGCUUCAUUUGACUCCCUGGCUCCCAUCACCUCCAGGAGCAGAUUUG